AAACUCGACAUCCAUUUCAUAUCCGAGGUCUCGUGUAGUUUUGGUCAACAUCAUUGGCAUUGAUCCACAAAAUUAUCCUCUUUCUCCAUUCCUCUGUUCGUUUUAAGACAUAAAUGAUGGAUACCAAAAGCAGUGAUCAAAGUGGUUUUACAAGUCCUUUGCUUUCCACUGAAUCACAAAGGAAUAGCGACAAUAAUGGCUUUGACUUUGAGGGAAAGAGACAGAGUAAAGCUUCUUCCAUCCCAACUACUCUUAUACUCAGCACCCUUAUCGCUGUUUUUGGUUCUUACGUUUUUGGGUCUGCUAUUGGGUAUUCAUCCCCUACUCAAUCUGGAAUAAUGCAAGACCUCAAUCUUGGGGUGGCUCAGUACUCAAUUUUUGGUUCAAUAUUGACAAUUGGAGCGAUGAUUGGCGCCAUUGUGAGCGGUAGAAUAGCAGAUUACGCAGGUCGUCGAGUUGCCAUGGGAUUCUCGGAGGUUUUCUGCAUCUUGGGAUGGCUUGCUAUAACAUUCUCUAAGGUAGCAUUGUGGCUUUAUGUUGGAAGACUGUUGAUAGGAUGUGGGAUUGGCCUACUAUCUUACACGGUACCAGUUUAUAUAGCAGAAAUAACACCUAAGAAUUUUCGAGGGGCAUUCACAGCAGUUCAUCAGUUAAUGAUUUGUUUGGGGAUGUCAUUAACUUAUCUUAUUGGAGCAUACGUAAAUUGGCGAAUCUUGGCUCUAAUAGGAACUAUUCCAUGUCUUGCACAGCUCAUGUGUCUUGCGUUCAUCCCUGAUUCUCCUAGGUGGCUGGCAAAGGUUGGUCGAUUCCAAGAGAGUGAUUCUUCUUUACAGUACCUCAGGGGGAGGAAUGCUGAUGUUUAUCAAGAGGCCACUGAAAUCCGAGAUUAUACAGAAUCUUUUCAGCGGCAAACAGAAGAUAGCAUCGUUGGCUUAUUUCAAUUGCAGUAUUUGAAGUCUCUUACUGUAGGAGUUGGCUUGAUGAUGCUGCAACAGUUUGGAGGGAUUAAUGGCAUUGUUUUUUAUGCAAAUUCUAUAUUUAUCUCUGCUGGGUUUUCGGAAAGUAUUGGAACAAUAGCAAUGGUUGCUGUUAAGAUUCCAAUGACAACUUUAGGAGUACUUUUGAUGGAUAAAUCUGGAAGACGACCACUUUUGCUGGUGUCAGCAGUGGGAACAUGCUUAGGAUGUUUCCUGGCAGCCCUCUCAUUUGUCUUGCAGGACUUAAAUAAAUGGAAGGGAGUUAGUCCCAUUACAGCACUAGUGGGUGUACUGGUAUACGUGGGAUCUUACUCAAUAGGCAUGGGAGCAAUUCCCUGGGUUAUAAUGUCUGAGAUAUUUCCUAUCAACGUGAAAGGUUCUGCUGGAAGCCUUGUGACCUUGGUCAGCUGGUUGUGUUCUUGGAUUGUAUCAUAUUCUUUUAACUUCCUCAUGAGUUGGAGUUCAGCAGGAACUUUCUUCAUAUUCUCUAGCAUAUGUGGCUUCACCGUGCUAUUCGUAGCAAAACUAGUACCAGAGACCAAGGGGCGCACUCUAGAAGAAAUUCAAGCUUCUUUAAAUUCAUAUUCAUCAAAGAGAUGAUUUUGGUAUUUCCCAGUAACAUAAUAAACCCAAUAAUAAUUUUCCGAAAUGGCAUAUUGAUGAAAUUUUCCUGAAACUGUCCAUUAAAAAAAAUAUUUAAAAGGGGCUAUGCAUACGCAAAUCUGCGUAAAGGGAAUGGCUUUCAGCAAGCAUCACAAUAAUUAUAGUGAUGGUCUUGUGAUGUAUGCCUAUCGGCAUAUCCUUAGAAUUAGGAGUUUACAAUAUAGACACUUCCACUUUAUUCUUUUCAGACUGUCAUGUAGAUUUGGAUAUUUGGUUUUAAAUUCAAUGUAACUGCCAUGGGCAUGUUUCUGU